CGUCACGCAAAGAGCUGAGAGAGACUUAAAGGAGAGGGAUAAUGGAGGUUAUUUGGCCGACAAAAAAAAAACUGAGCUUCACGCGGUUUUAUAGGCAGACGAUUUUUCUUCAUUCAUUGCUUAUCCCAGACAAGAAGACGGAUUUGUUUGAUGUACAAUUGAGGCUCGUGAUUUGAUAUAAAAGUGCCAAGAAAAGUUUUAAUGUAGCUACCUUUCAGAACUUCGUAUCAGUGAAUGAUAUCAUUAAGUUAUACAGUUUCACAAAAAUAACUUACCAUUUUAUCUAUUUUCAUAAAUGCAUCACAUUAUACUCUGCAGUAUAUUUAAAUUGAUGCACAUUUCCUUUAUGUUGGAACCCCGGCAUAAUGUGGAUGCACCAUAUGAACAGAAUCAAUGUAUAUUAUGUAGUAAGUUGUUGUUUUUUGGCUAUUUCUGUGGGUUUUCAAUUAGUUACACACAGCACUUCCUCACAGCACUUGUGACUGGACAACUCCGUUUUGAUUAUCAUUGCAAAUAAGCAUUGUGUAGAGUAGUUCUAGCUAAGAAAUGGCAACUCCGUUUUGAUUAUCAUUGCAAAUAAGCAUUGUGUAGAGUAGUUCUAGCUAAGAAAUGGCAUGUGCUUUGAAAUAAACGCUGUUCGUUGGUCGUUAUUUAACGUAUUAUUUUGAGAUUAGAAGGCAGAUUUUUGUACGUUCUAGUACUUGUAAAAAUAGUAAUCACUGUGAAGCGACUGUCAGAUGUCGCACAACUAAAUACGGAUGUCCACUUUUUGCCAUUAUACUGUAACUAACAGAACGGCGGAGGGGGAUUUGGAGCCCUGCUGCAGACAAUGCGACCACGCCUAGCGGAACCAAAGCAACCCAGGAUGAAAACCCACUGCACAAAGUCCAUUGACUACAUUUCAGAUAAGUAUGGGAAAGCACUGUAAAAAAAGAAGAAAAAAAAGCACAGAGGACUCAUAGUAUAAGCAUUGGAAGAUAUUGUGAAAAAAAAAAUGGUAAACUUUCAUUAGGACAUUGGUGCAGUUUAACAAGCAGCACAUGGCAUGGCAAACAUGUAGUAGUAUUUUAAUUCUAAAAAUUGAAACAUGCUACUUUAAGAAAGUUGUCAGUCUGCAUGCCUUUUAUUGCAGGUAAUGUCAAACAAUCAUCGAAUGGGUGUUCUAUAUACUCUAGAAUCACAUGGUUCCUUCAGGCUAUAGGGGUUCUAAACUGAACCUUUAGGAUUUUCAUACCCACUUUACGAUUCUAAAUACAACGCAUCACGUUUUGAACCGCUAAUUGAUUCUAUUGAAUCAAAUGGUUCUAAUUAGAACCCAAUAUGGAGAAGCAGAACUCGCAUUGCUUUUUAAAGAAAGCAGUAACACAAGAUUGUUUUCAAAUAUGGUCCCAUAUCCGCAUGCCUAGGAGUGUUGUUCGGAAAGAGGUGACGAUAUUUAAACACCCUGGAAUGUGUUUUUGCAGUUAUAAAAUGAUACCCUCCACACACUACUCCACUCCUCCCAAAGUGAACUGGUGGUCAAGUGAAUCAGGCACAAUGGUUCUAAAAGUUCCAAGCUGACAUAUCUGAACUGGUUGGAACACAUGUUAUCCAAUGAGAUUGCGCCUUCUAUACUUGCUAUUUUAUAUUAAUACUUAUUAAUGGUUAAAAAACACCACUUUCCAAAGGAAAUAUUCUAUAUUAAAAUACUAGUUUUUAACUGCCUCAGAUUAUGGGAGUGUAGACAACUGGGUGAGAAAUGACAUCACAGAAGCAAUAUUUAUUAAUAAACCUGCUUCCCUGGUGUGGGGAGAGCCAGGAUAGCGUUUAUUGUAAACAACCAAAAUGAACAACAACUAUAAACAGAUAAUAACCCCUUCCCUGCCCAAGAAUAUACAGUCUUUACAUCAAGCAUGUAAAGUCACAUAAUCAAAGCUGUCACAGGUGAUAGGCAUUGUAGGGGAGUUCCAAAGACUGCAGAGAGAUAUUGCUGGUUGCAGGAAUCCUAACAGUCCCUCACAGGAGACACACUUAAGCCCCUUUCACACUGGCACUCCUACCCCGGUCCCGGUUCUGCCUAUCCGGGUCACAAUUCCAUGUAGUGUGAAACCACGUACCCUAGCUCGACUCAUGUUGGCAGCGACCUACUUAAGGAUGUGGGUUGACACAUUUUGACCUGGAUCGAGCAAGACAAAAUGCAUGAUGGCUGUUCAUAAAUGAGUGAAGUAAUAAACAGCCACGUCUGCGUGAAGGUUUCAUUUUAUUCUGUUUAGUCAUACAGUAUUUCUAUUGCUUGAGACACACCAUGAGCCAGAUUGCAGCAGGGAUAAAGAAACAUUUGCUCUAAUCAACAUUUGGGCCGACGAUUCAAUCCAGAGAAGCUUGGAUGGAAGUGUCUGUAACAAGCACGCCAUCUUGAAAGCCUGAUCAGAUGAAAGGGUGGACUUGUGAACGUUGCUGCUUCCUGGGCAUUGCAUACACAUGAUUGUCUACUUGGUUCUGUCACCCAGGUUGACCCUGCUUCUUCAAAAGCAGUUUGAACUUGCGUAGCCGAACCACAUGAUACUGGGUAGAGCAUGCCAGUGUGAAAGGGGCUUGUGGCGGAGUGUCUCGCCCCUAUAUAUAUUUGUGCACGGUUUUAUUAUUUGUAUUAUUGUUUGCGGCGCGAAUAAAUGCACCGCGUAUUUGAUGCACCGCGUAUUUGUUAUUGUUUUUCUAUUUUAAAAACCUUGUGAGGAUGCGUGACUGAUCAGCUAGUGAUUUAUUUAGCUAGCUGACAGUCACGCAUCCUUAUUAAACUCGUGCAGACGGUGACCAUCCCGAGUUAAUUCAUUGAUUAAUUGUUGCUAAUCGGGAGAUGGUCACUGUAUAUAAACCUGCAGCUCUCUACCCUCAGCGGAGAGUGUAUUAGGUGUGAGAGAGGAAAGAGCUAGGAGAGAGAAAACAAAACUUACAAAUAACUGCUAAGCGUGCUGGUUUAUACCAGCACGAUAUUUAUUUGUUUGGCCAACAUGCCCUUUUUGUUUGUUUGGUGUUUGUUUUAUUUAAACCUUUUGUUUUUGUUUAUUGUUUAAUAAAAUAAGCUGAACGCUGUAGAGUUUCAGCUCUCACCCGCUACUUCCUGAGUCUGUGUUUCUGGUCUGACGUCAUCACUGAAACCAUCCUGUCACAGGGCUAUAGACUCUUAUACUGAAGUCAAGACCAUCUGUAAAAACUUAAUACAAACAUCUCUGUUAAAGCAAGGCAUUUGUCUAAUGAAAAGGGAAUAUAUGGCUCGUUUAAUGGACUACUGUGAAGGUGUUGCAGUUUAAAGUAUUAAAGAAGAUUUAGGAAGUUCUCAAGCAGAAAACUUAAAAAACUUUUAUUCUUGAUAAAUACAAGGUACUCUACAAUAUUGGCUAGGUUUGAGGGACUGGAUUUAAAUUCCCUGUGGGAAAAUAUUGACUCCUUAAAAAAAAAAAAAAAAGUGAAAUAACAUACAGGUAUAAAAAAAAAAGAAUCACUUGCCAUAACUCUAUCAGUAGGAUGUGAAGCUGCCAAGCUGACUUGAAACUUGGAGAUGUCUAUAAUUGUAUAUGCUGCAGAAUAAAUAACAUAAUCCAGUAAUGUAUUGGACAAUUUACAAUUAAAAAGUGUGGGCUGUAGUGUUACUAUUUUGUUAUCCCGUCCCUAUGUAUUUAUUUAUCUCAGAAAACAGUAAUCAUCCAAGAUAAGUAUUGUCCUUGAGACUCUUAUCUCCCUUUCAAGGCUGUCAUAGGGAUAGGCUUUAUUGGCAGUCUAUAACAAUAUAAGAAACUGGGGUACUGUUUAUGGAUCUUACAACAACAUGAAUUACCUUAUUUUAUGACUUGAUACUGUGUGAAACUGAAAAAAAAGAUCAGGUUAUUGUGUUUGAGAGUGACAUAAUAAUAUUACUUAACAGAGUGCAAAUGAUUCCUAUACGACAGGACUGCAUCUGUAUUGAAUUGUUAUUGCAUAUACUGUAUACUGUACUGUAUGAGAAAUGCAAUAAAAAAAACACUAGAUUUGACUCAGUUAAACAGUUAUACAAUGAAAAAGUAAUUCUCAAUUUCCAGUUGAGAAACAAAUAGACACGUAAAAUGCAUAUAAUAAAAAUAGUAUCUUAUAACAAUCAUGAAAACGUUUGACAGAAUUUAACCGCUGUUAUUUUGUACCAUAAAUCCAAUCCUGCAGAAGAAUCCCUGAGAACGUUGUACCUCUUAAGCUGCCAAUGCGAAACACAGGACCUACGCUGGAUCACUGAACCUGAAUUCUACACAAACUAAUUUAGCUAUUGAUGAUGCACUGUCAUAAAAUAUGAGGAAUGCCAGGAAUGUAUAGAACAUAUGCAUAUCUGUUAGAAAGUGCAUGUGGCAAAGUGGUUAACAGUGUGCAGGUGAUCAUAAUUGUAUAAUCCAAUGCCUGAUGGCUAACAGCAGUAAACAAUAACAAUGUUAAUGAAGCAAUACAGCGGCGUGUAUUGCUUAUUUAUAAUCCCCGGGCUUACCUCAAAAUAAUAACAGUCCCGUUUCAGUCUAACUCUUAUAACAACAAAAUCAGCCAAUGUGUCUUGUGUGGCUUAUACAUAUAUAAUAUCUGUGGCUUAUACUAUAUGUGAUAUACUGUAAGAACACAUUCCAUAGAAUAGUAAAAUAACUUUUUCUGCAAAAUUAGAAUCCUAGAAUAAAUUUUGUACCGCAUUAUAAAUUAAGGAAACAAAAUAGUGCAGACAAUAAAUGUACUUCUCAGUUUCCUCCCAUUGUUUAAAUUGAAAACGUGUGUACUGACAGUUUUUGGGGCUAUUUGGUACAGUGUAGGGAAUCCUGUCAUUAAGAUCAGAAUCAUAAAGGCUGUUUACUGUUAUGCUACAUUUGGAUGCAGAAUACGCUGAGAGAUUUGUAGAAUAAAAUGCAGGCAAACAUCAAAACAGAGUAGAUUAGAACUCUGGUGAACAUCAAGAAGAAUGUAACCAUUUUCUAUAUUGAAAUAUGUCUGCAUCGGAAGCAGCUGGACACUCGGGAUACCCCUCCAUUUUUCAUAGAAUUACAAACUCUUCAACAUAUUGAUGCAUUGUAUUGGUUCAUGCUCACCUUCAAUGAAACACAAUGACCUGUCUGUAAUAUAUUCUAUCUUCAUGAGAAUAGACCCUUUAGAAAAAAAAAAGUCACAGGAGACUUGGUCAAGCCAGUCAUACAAAUCAUUAUUAAAACGGAUCAACAGAAGCAAUCAGAAAGCAAGUACUACAUGUAUUAUCAGCAACGGAGUUGUUGCAUAAAUAUAACGUUGAUCCAAGCUGCAGGUCCUCCAAAAGAAAAUGAAGUCAUCUGAGGUCUUCGUUAACUUUGAUAUUAAGCUUCCAAGGUGAAAAAUAUUCAUGAAUGUAAAUUGUCUGCCUGGUUCACUCCAUUCCAACCAAGUAGCUGGGGUGAAGGAAACAUGGACCCUGAUUGGGUCAGAAUAGACUGUGCCUCCCAUUUAGAAACCUGAAGGACAUUACCUGUUUGUUUAUUUUGUGUCGGCAAACAAUAAAAAAUCGCAGAAGCCCUUGACUUUAUUGUCUUGUUCCAGGGUUUCCUGUUUAGCCUACCUGACUGUUGGCUGUCCUUCCACAGGAAAGAACACUGUAGCUGUCAUUGUGUGCAGUGCCAGUAAUUCAGAUUGUAUCCGCCCUCAUUUCAACAGUUUUCAGAAGUCAGCAGGUGUGGCUUUUCAACUUUGGACUCCAUUGAAACCCACUUUCUGAAUGACACUCUGACCAGGAGGAUAACAGGGAUAAAAGUCCUUGGCAACACUACUCUUCCUAUUGUAGCACCUGUAUCACACAGAGACUGGGCUGGCUCAUUGGCUGCACCAUGUAUCUCCUUUCCUACUUUUUGCUUCUGUGUGUCACCUGCUGUGAACUGAAGCCAAAGGACAGCCUGGAAUGGGCAGCUGAGAGGGAGAACAGAAUCGAGGCGAUCCAGAGAGGUAUUCUGCAGCAGCUUGGACUAGAGAAACCUCCUGUGGUGGAUCUGAACAUUACCCAGAGCGAGGAGGAACAGGUGUACAGUCUUUACCUCCAGCGUGUGGGAUGUGAUGGAAAAAACAGGAAGAUGAGAGACAGCAGCCAAAACAGAGGGACAAACAUGUUGGUCCAUGUUAAAGGAAAGUUUUUUGAAAAGGACAAUGAGAAAAACAGCAAAAAGAAAACAAACAAGCAGCUACUUUUCGACCUGAAUGCAUGCAGAUAUAAAGAAGUCGAAGUCAAAAGAGCAGAGCUUAAACUUUUCUUGGGUCCAAGACACAGCAAAGGGUCUGAGACAGUGCAACGAAUCACAAUCUACCAGGUGCUGAGUCCCAGGGAAUCCAAACGCUUGAUGGUGGCUUCAGGACUCAUAAGUGCACAAGAAGCCGGGCAGCCAGACAUUUUUAACAUCGAGAAAUCCGUUAAACAUUGGCUAGCACACCCGCAAGACAACUAUGGCCUUGAGCUGGAGUUUUCCCAUGAUGUCAUAAACCACAAUCAAGAGGCUGGUGUUGGGGCGGAAUUAGAAAUAGAAGGAUAUCAGUUUUUAAAAAAGAGAAGGACUCGGAGGGACAGCCCCUCUGAAGACUGCCAUAAGAAUGAGAAGCGCUGCUGCAGGAAAUCUAUGCAAGUGUCUUUUGAGGAGAUUGGCUGGGCGGAUUGGAUCAAAGUCCCUAAAGUUUACGAUGCCUUCUACUGCGAUGGCACGUGCCCGCCGAAAUACAAAAACGCCAAUGCGUACACAGAGAUCAAGUCCAAGAUGCAUCACCUCUCUCACGGCCACAUUCCCGAACCUUGCUGUGUCCCUGCUGAUUAUGUACCUUUAACAGUCAUGCACAUUAACACAGAGGGCAAGCUAACAAUCUCUGCACUGGAUGGUAUGAUUGCAUCCAAAUGUCACUGCUCUUGAUUAUGCCUACCUUUUUUUUUUAUCUGUGUACAGUAUUUGAAUAUUUAUUUUAAGGUACCAUUGUAUUUAUUUGUAUUUUUUGUGAAAUGAAAAUAUAUAUUUUAAAUAAAAGAAAAAGUAAAAGAAAAAAAAAUCUCAACUAUUUACACCAUUGACUUUACAAAGUGAGACUUUUACAAGUAAAAAAAAAAAG